AGGCUUCUCAACAGCUGUACAGCUUUUCAGAUGUAAAUGUCUUUCUCUGGACGUUGGUGCAGCUGCUGUUGCUGUGGCUACUACACCAUCACUUACGCUAACAUUAAUUGUAGGAUUACCACUCCAACUGCCAAGGACAAGUAGCUACUUCGCAUCUGUGUGUUUUAACACCUUGGAAAGCGAAAACUGUUUGGGAAGCAGUUGCUGAGACUGACAUCUACUCACUGCUUAGAUCUAAGGUUCAUGGAGCUGACAGUUUAGGACUGGACAGACAGAACAUAAAUGGAUCUCUAGCAUCAGUCAGCAGGAAAAAAAACAGAAGGUCAGAGUGUUCCUGCUUAUUCUGGGAAUUAUAUCAGCUCUUUGUUUGGUUUCUGUAUAACUUUCUGAUAUUGUAAAAAAAAUCACUGAAGGAAUCUGGAAAGGAUUAUUUUUAUUCCACAUCUUCAAGUGGAGAAUUCCAUAGUUUCAUCAUCACGUACAGAUCAGAAGGUUUGAGGUCCAAAGGAAGGCCUUCCCGCUCUAUGCACAUGCACAAAGCACAGGUGAAUAUGUGCUAAAAAGAAACAACUGGAAUUGUGUUCUUAAGAGUAUCUUGCUGCUUUUGAUAAGGGAAGGGUUAAAUGUAUAGUAUGGUUUGGACUACAAAGGGAAAUAUGGACUGAUAGAACUUCAUACAGAAAAUCAGAGCAUGCGGUCUAAUGAACAAAAGAGAACUGAAGAGGCAUUUGGGACUCUCUAAGAGACAUCUGCACCACAGCAGAGACAGACAUUCAUCAAAACUUGGAGGGGUAGUAGAGGUCCAUUUCCUUGUGAUACACUUCCUGGCUAUUGCUAAUAUUGUCCAUAAUAGAGUACAACAGAGCAGAACAAACUAACAGCUUCCUGAAGCCUUAGAAAAAGCAGUGCGGGUUAGAAAUGGCUUGAGGAACAUUCAAGAUGGUGGGUGAUGAGUACCUGUUGUGGUGCUACACAGCGAGUUCACAGAUGAUGGAAGUGGUGGCGAGUGAGGAGGUUACACAUGGGGAGCACAAGUGGGCAACAGUUACUGGCUGAGAUUGCUGAAGUGCAGAAGGCAUCAAGCAGUGGCCUGAAAAGUGGAUCUGAAAGAAAACCCACACAACUCAAAAUAUGAAGGAGGAGAAUUUAUUACGACGUAGAUUUUCACUUUGCCCUACGUCAUCGACACCACAGAAAAUUGAUCCUCGCAAACUGACACGCAACUUGUCAUUCGGAGCAGAUCAUGAAAUUUACACCGUGAAUCCAGGAAAGGAUAUAGAAAAGAAUGAAUUCUCAGGGCUGAAGGAUGAAAUUACACAGACAACAAUGACCAUUAGCAAGUCUGAAUCAAAACUGUGCAAUGAACUGGAAAAAGAUUCUUCAUCACCAGUUACUACACUUACAAAGAAGGAAUCUCUCAAGGUGCAGAAGAGAAAUUACAAACAAGAAAAAAAGAGAGCCAGUAAAGAACUCUUCAGUGCUUUAAAAGAUCCGAGUGUAGUGAUAAUGGCUGACUGGUUAAAGAUUCGUGGAACAUUAAAAGGCUGGACAAAGUUAUGGUGUGUGAUAAAACCAGGAGUGCUGCUAAUUUAUAAAACGCCAAAGAGAGGACAGUGGGUAGGCACCAUUCUGCUGAAUUCAUGUGAACUGAUUGAGAGACCAUCAAAGAAAGAUGGUUUCUGCUUCAAACUGUUCCACCCGCUGGACCAAUCUAUUUGGGCUAUGAAGGGUCCAAAGGGUGAAAAUGUAGGCUCGAUUACUCAGCCUUUGCCAAGUAGCUACCUGAUCUUCAGAGCACCUUCAGAGUCAGAUGGUCGAUGUUGGAUGGAUGCUCUGGAACUGGCUUUGCGUUGUUCUAGCCUGCUUAAAAUCACCUCUUCCAAACAGGGAAAAGAUGGGGAUCUUAACUCUUCUUUGGAUGCUGCCAACAUAGGAUUAUACAGUUUGCUUCAUACAUCUACUGUGUCUGAGCAAGAACUUUUCCAAUUAAAUGGUUCUGUACUAGAGAACAGUCACCUGGAGAAUGACGUUUUUUCUGACAAAUCAGAGAAAGAUAAUCUGGAGGAAUCAGAAAAUGAAACCAUUGAAAACAGCAGAAAGACGGAGGAGAGUGAGAGUGAUCAUUCGGAAAUGCAAGGAGACUUUCCUACAUCUACACGUGGAACUACUUAUGUAGAACAAAGCUAUGAAGAACUGGGAGAGAUUGGUGAAGUUUCCCAAACAGAAACAGUGUCUGAGGAAAACAAAGGUUUGAUAUGGACUCUUCUAAAACAAUUACGGCCUGGUAUGGACUUGUCCCGGGUUGUGCUGCCCACAUUCAUACUUGAACCUCGAUCUUUCCUGGACAAGCUCUCAGACUACUAUUAUCAUGCAGAUCUUCUUUCCAUAGCAGCUCAAGAGGAUAAUGCAUAUUGUUGCAUGAAGCAAGUCCUGCGGUGGUACCUGUCAGGAUUUUAUAAAAAGCCUAAGGGAAUAAAGAAGCCGUACAAUCCGAUUUUGGGAGAGACAUUCCGCUGCUGUUGGCAACACCCACAGACAAACAGCUGCACUUUCUAUAUUGCAGAACAGGUAUCCCAUCACCCACCAGUAUCAGCCUUCUAUGUCACUAAUCGAAAGGAUGGAUUCUGUAUCAAUGGCAGCAUUCUGGCCCGAUCCAAGUUUUAUGGUAACUCACUAUCAGCAAUACUAGACGGGAAAGCACGAUUAACUUUUCUUACCAGGGAUGAAGAAUAUACGCUCACAAUGCCAUAUGCUCACUGUAAAGGAAUUUUAUAUGGUACAAUGACCAUGGAACUAGGAGGUUGUGUUACUAUCGAAUGUCAAAAAACUGGAUACAAGGCAGAACUGGAAUUUAAACUCAAGCCCUUCCUUGGAAGCAAUGCGAGUGUAAAUAUGGUUUCUGGGAAGAUAAAACGAGGUGAAGAGGUUCAAGCCACUCUCGAUGGACACUGGGAUGGAGAUGUGUUUAUAAAUGAGCAAAAGAGUGGAAUAACAGAGGUUUUCUGGAGUCCAACCAGUGAAAUCCGACAUAAACGACUGAAACGCUGUGUUGUGAAGUUAGAAGAACAAGGGGAAUUUGAAUCUGAAAGGUUAUGGCAACAUGUGACAAGUGCAAUAAAUGCAAAAGACCAACACAAGGCAACACAAGAAAAGUUUGUUUUGGAAGAUGCUCAGAGAAAAGCUGCACGUGAGCUGAAGGGAUUGAGCAAAGACUGGAUCCCUCAGCUAUUUCAAAAGGAAGAAUCUAAAGAUCAGUGGACUUAUAAGUACACAGAUACAAAGCCCUGGAACUGCCUGUCGGAUAUUGCGCAGUUUGAAAAGGAUUGUGUGAUUCAGACUCUGCAAAGACAGCAUUGCCCCACAGUCCAGUUUACCAGAACUGCUUACAGGAGAAAUCGAGAUCUGGAACCAAAGGUUGUCACAAGAGACUGUAGACACCGGAAAACAAGUCACCAACCAUCAAAUCAUAGUGCAAACACAGAAAGCAGCUGUUCUACACCUGAAUCAGUGCAGGACUUUUCUGACAAUGAAGACUUCAACAUUCAAUGCAGUCACUGUCAAAAUGGAUCAAGAGAACUCAAAGAUAUCCAAGCAGCUAUUGCAUCUUUACAGGGCACGCAGAGAGACAUAUACAGGAAUCUUACUGCACUAAACAGCAGAGUUCUGCACGCCAAGAAUCUUCCUGAAAAUAUCUUCCUGAACUACCGUUGCUGGUUCAUACUUUGUGUUCUCCUUACAUGCCAGUUGUUUAUUAAUUAUGUAUUUAAAUGAAAAAGUACAAAUAUAUAUUUAUAUAUUUGACCAGCAAUAAAAACAGCAAAUUAUUGAAGACUGUGUCAUACUAGCAAGGCAUUCAUGUCUGCACCAGCACUUUAAAAUAAUGUAUGAGGUAAUAGAAGGAAACAGGAAGCCGAGGAUAUUAAGACAUUUCUACCCUGAUGUUUUUUUCAUUGCCACAUGUGUCUCCUCUGUUUCCACUGUCUUUAAUGCCUAUAUUGGCCUUAAUAUGAAAGCCAAAUAUGACUUUAUAAUUGUGCAAUUUUGAUAUAUCCUGUCUUUCUUGUUUUGCUAUAAUUUACCAAAAACAGUAUUUAUAUGCACCUGCAAGGGCAAAUGUUUACAGAUGUUGGUAAAACUGACAUUCUUUAGAGAUGCAGAGAAUGUUGUAGUCUCUAUGUUUUGUGGAAUGUUUAGAGCAUGUUACAUUAGUAGAUGAAGUGGAGAAACAAAGUUGUGUUUGUCAGAAUUACUUACUCUCCGGUUCCUUCAUUUUCAAGUUGUAAGUAUAUGGAAUGUAUACGAUACCUGUAGCUUGGCUGUAAGGUACUUCUCCAUGCCAGCUUCCCAUUUUGAAAACAAUUAUUCAGGAUUUCUGAAUAAUGCAUGUCAAAAAUGUACCAGAAAUUCAGCUAUACAUUUACAUUUUGGACUAAGAAAAAGUAGAAGAAAUAUUAGGUACUACUGAGAAAUACAAUUUUGAAUGUAUGCAUUCAGAUAUUAAAAAACAUAAUUCCUUGAGUGAAGGAAUGCAGAAUACAUUGCCUAAAGAGGAAACUGUUCCUCCAUUGUUGAAUUAUAUGUAAUACAUGCCAUGAAACUUAAGAGUUAAGUUAAAUCAUGUAUUUCACAAUAUUCCAAUCCUUAUUCAGAGAAGACUGAAGACCUCUUUUGCAAAUAAAUAAAAGGACAUUGUUUUAAUAAAUUAUAUAGAAUCUGAUUUUCAGGAGUUGUGAGUUUUGACAUGCUGAGUUUAAAGUUUAGCAACACUACUUUAAGCUACAAUCCUAUGAUUGGGUUUGUAGCUACAGGACUUAUUAAAGAAUGAAUAAGCAAUGCUAAUUCAUUAAUACAAUGAAAUAUGUAUAUAAGGAAGCAUCGUAUGUAACUACAAACCAAGUCACAUAAGAAUGGAUACUGGAUAUUUGUAUAAAAGAAGUUUAAGCUUAGUAGCAUUUUUCUUCUUGUUAAACUAUUUGCUUUUGUUUCAGCAUUUGUAAAAGAAAAAAAAAAACAUUUACUGUAAAAUAACAGCAACAUUGUUUUGUACUGGUUUUACAUAAAUAAAGUAACACAAAUAUUAAUAAGUCUUAAAUUAUCUAACACUCCAGCACAAAUGUUAACCAAUAGACAGAAUCUCCAACUCUUUCCUUAGCCACACCAGGAGCAACAUAAUCUGGGCAUUCCAGCAUUUCAUGUAUACAGUAGUCUUCCUUGUUCAUUUUAUCAGUAGGAUAUGUAGUGUGUGUGUGUGUGUGUGUGUGUGUGUGUGUGUGUGUGUGUGUGUGUGUGUGUGUGUGUGUGUGUGUGUGUUGACUUUACUGUAACCCAGUAAUCUUCCUUGUCCAAAGUGACUCUUCCUAUGUAAAUUGAUAAAUGAAGUCUGAGUACUGAUAUAGUUGUUUAUAGCUUCCAGAAAGUAAUCCUGAAUGGAUGGUAAACCCAGCAAAGGCUGGAUCUUUAUUUUGUAAAUGUUUCAUGAUAUUGCCUAUUAUAUUUUUGCAUUUUCUGUCAGAUACGUCUAAAGUAAUUUACACAUGCAAAUAAAAAAGAAAUUGCAUUGCA